AUGCUGAAAGGUUACGAUGGAACGCUUCAAGGCAAAGAGAUGUUUAUGGUCGAGGAGUACAGCACCAGGCAAGGAUGGUGCUCUGGUGCUCCGUUGUUACACUACGAUUUGGACAGUUGUAUCAAGCUGGACGAGGCCGUGCGCCAUCUCGAGGAAAGUCUCAUGCUGUAUGAGACGGGUGGCGACUCCGACAUUGACACGCUGGAAGACAAUGAUCCGACACCUCUAUCCCCGGAGCGACGGUUGCUUCCUCCGAUGGCGCUUGGCAAAGGAACGGAGGUCAACUUGGUUGAUGCCACUGCAGUGGACGUGCCGUCCAUGUGUCAGGAUGUUAGCCAGGCCUUGGCGGAGGCAGCCGCGGCUUUGGGUCAGGAUGCCCUCGCUGACGCUGCUUCAACCGCACUUCAAAACAUGGAAGCAGAUGACCGGGUCGCGGCAGCAACCAGAGGAACUUUGCAUUCAUUGAACGGCCUCGCCGCGAUUGAGAAUCAAGUUGAGAACGAUGAUGACUCUGCAUGGCAGCUUGCGCCAGCUCCACCGUUUCAGUCUGCGCAACUUUCGAGUGAUGCUGACAACGGUGAUUCCGGUGAUGGUGGACAAUUGAGAGCUCAGUAUCCACCAUCUCAUCUGGAAGAGCGGCUCAUGCCAAAUGCGCUGAAAGAGACUUCCAAGGCGACAUUGGAGAAGAUCACUUCUCUCAUGCGCAGCAACGAGGACUGGGCAGGCAUUGCUCUAGUUGCAACAGUGGCCCAGGAGGCCGAUCUUAUCGGGAAAUGGGCCGAGGGCUGCCCCUGCCCAGAACAUCAGAGGGGCCCAGCUUUGCUUCUUCAGCGCGGCGUCCGCGGCUCUAUGAUGCAUAUGGUUCAGGAUGAGGAGUCCGACGGUGACUCAGCAGACUUUUGUGCUGCAUACGGACGUCAAAGCCGGGGCAGCCGGGGCCGGGGCCGGCUCCGGCGUCGUCGUCGUCGUGACUCCGCUGCCGCUGCUGAAUGCAGCCUGAAGGGGCUGCGAGCCCCGGAGAUGUCUGCUGGGCAAGCACUAGAUCUUCAACUUUCAGUGAUGCAAGGACGGCCGAUGUGGGCUGUGUAA